AUGGCGAGCACAAUCCGUGAUCGUGAUGAUUCCGACUACUACGAAAGCAGCAGCUGCUCUUCCACAACGGUGCCAGAUUCCACCCGGAGUUGGCUGAGCAGCCUCAGCUUCGGCAGCCACCGGUGUUCCACCUCUGCCUCCCUUUCAUCCUCCUCUGACAACCCUUUCUCUAGCAAGCCACACAAGGCAAAUCAAACAGCUUGGGAAGCCAUGAGGUUGCUCCGCCGUGAGAAAGGCCAAGUAGGGCUGGAACACUUUAAACUUAUCCGCCGGCUAGGCGGUGGUGAUAUCGGAAAUGUGUAUCUUUGUCAGAUGAGAAACCCUGUUGAGGGUUUACAGCAGUGUUUAUAUUCCAUGAAAGUGGUGGAUAGAGAAGCUCUUGCCAUAAGAAAAAAGCUUCAAAGAGCAGAAAUGGAGAAAGAGAUUUUGGGUAUGCUUGAUCAUCCAUUUCUACCAACUCUAUAUGCACAGUUUGAUGCAUCUCAUUACUCUUGCUUGGUUAUGGAGUUCUGCCCCGGCGGAGAUUUGCACGCCGCCCGGCAACGCCAGCCGGGGAAGCGUUUCAGCAUUUCAUCGGCCAAGUUUUAUGCAGCAGAAACUCUUUUGGCCAUAGAGUAUCUCCACAUGUUGGGCAUUGUUUACAGAGAUCUUAAGCCAGAAAAUGUUCUUGUUAGAGGAGAUGGUCACAUUAUGCUUUCAGAUUUUGAUCUCUCUCUCAAAUGUGAAAGUGUCCCCAAACUCAUAAGAUCUAAACUUGAGCAAGAAGCUGCCAUUCACAAAAAUCCCAAGUGCUCAACUCCCUCUUGUGCCAUGCCUAUACAGCCAGUGCUCUCAUGUUUUUCAACUUCCAUGAAAGAAGGUCUAACAAAAGACAGAACUCAAGGUCCAACAAUUCCAAAACAGAAGGAUGUCCAACUAUACAAUACUGAAUUAGUAGCAGAACCUAUUAAUGCUCGAUCAAAAUCCUUUGUCGGAACACACGAGUACUUGGCACCAGAGGUCAUCUCCGGGCAAGGACACGGAAGUGAAGUAGAUUGGUGGACUUUUGGUGUGUUCUUAUACGAACUUUUGUACAGUACAACACCGUUUAAAGGAGAGAACAAUGAGAAAACUCUCAUCAAUAUAUUGAAGCAACCAUUGACGUUCCCAAGAAUGGGAAUCAGUAGCAGCAAAGAAUACGAAGAAUUGGUGAAAGUCCAGGAUUUAAUAAGCAGGCUUCUGGUGAAGAACCCUAAGAAAAGGAUUGGAAGCCAAAAGGGCUCUGUUGAGAUCAAGAGGCAUGAAUUCUUCAAAGGAGUGAAUUGGGCUUUGAUCAGAACCGUUAAACCUCCUGAGGUCCCUUAUAAUCAUCGAAAAGUCAAGGGCAAAUCAAACAUACAAAAGUUAAGCAAGAAAGAAAGGAAUGCAGCGUAUGAAAUCCCAUGUCACUUCGACUACUUCUAA